UGUCUAUUGACCCAUAUUCUUGUAUAUAUUGAUUUUAGGUUGCCGAAAUAAGUACUUGGUAACAAUAUUGGCGCCAUAAAAACAUAAUAAACGACUUUGUCGUUGUAGGGAAACCAGUUCGUUGGACACCAAAUGGCCGUGAAAAGCGCCGACUAAGGAAGAGCAAAAACUACAAGGAAAAUUAACGUCAAGCCAGCAGACAAACUGCACUCGAAGCCAUCCGAGGCUAACUGGAAAAUGGAUAAACAAACAUAGAGGAGCGAAUGUAGACGAAGCAACUUUCAGCCGCGGCAAGAAAUACAGUUAAGGUUUUGCGCGGCGGAAGAAUCUAGGAAGAGCGACGUGUGAAUGCAGGAGAAGAUACCAUUAACCAGCUACAAGAUACAACCGAUAGCGCACUGCAAAAAGUCAUCGACGGCCGACCGAACCGCUGAGAAGAGCGAAAAGCGAGAGAGCGACCAGUUUGCCUUAAGCCUGGCCAUGAUCUUGGCCAACUGUUUAGGCCACAACGCGCUCAGUUGUUAACCAGACGCGCACGCAUGCGCACACGAGACGCGCGAACAGGUGAUUUGCAUAUACACGAGAUACAAGUAACGUCCAGAUACGAAACCGUUAGGCCGUAGGUGUGUCGCAGUGAAGUAAUUGCAGGUAGCUAGAUUCCCGACUAGAGCAAAUAGAAAACGCGCUAAAUGCGACAGCGAAAUUCCAAACAAACCAGUCGAAAACAAACACAAAGAAGAAAGUACAUUAAAAUCAAUACCAAAGGAAUUGAGCUGCUGAAAAAAAUCGUCCGACAACCAAUGUAAUAGAAUUAGCGUGCUAAGCCGGGUGCCUCAUAAAUUGAUUUGUCGAUUGGCUAAUGACUUCGCCAACUAGGCCGGCUUUUGUGUCCGCUAAAACGAAGAGUUCCCAAACACGUACUCCUGGUGAAAUCAGAUAAAUAAACAGUUAGGUUGCAGUUAAAUUGCAGGGCCAAGGUGCAUUUGCAAUAGGAAAAUACAUAGAGAUUGCAAUUGCAUUUGCAAUUGCAGGUUGAAGGUGUGAAGCAGCUGUCAGCAGUGCUAACUGGCUGAGUGAAACCGAAAUAAAACGAAACUGAAAUGCCCAACACAUACAGUGCUUUGCCCCAUAAUUGGAGCUCCGGUGAGAGCCAGCAACAGUGGACAUCCUCCAGUAGAAAUCGCAAAUGCCACCCAGUGGGCAUGGCCAGAUCAAUGAGUGGCCACUUGAUUUUCCUCCUCUUGAUCUGCCUAAUAAACUCGGCCGCCAAAGCGGAUGGAUCGGCUGGGAAUGGUCGUCUUGGACGACAUCGCUCCACCACUCCUAUGAGCCACAUGGCCACGGAACCGCAGCCAAUCGGGGAGCAGGAGACGGUCACCGAUUCACCAACAGAUUCUCCAGAGGAGCUGGAGUCAACGAUGACGACGGAACUGCCGCCGGAAGAAGACUGGCAGCCUCUGGUGAAUGCCAGUAAGUUUUCCACGAUGAAGCCGAUGGACAAAGAGACUCUCGGUGACUCCCUGCUCCUCAGACUGGCCCGGCGAUUUGCCAGUGGAAACGAGCUGUGGGACGGCCUUGUCCGCGAUUGCUAUCUAAAGCCAGAUGUAUCCUGCUUCCAAAAGAACGUCUUCAGCUACCUGGAUACCGCUCUGGAUGUACAGGAUGUGAAUGUGACCCAAAGGCUGAAGUUCCUCAAGAACCAAGUGAACUACCAAGUGGAAAAAGAGAGGGAGGAGCACCCGGAGGCACGUGCCGCCAGUGCGGACACCCCGAUCGAGGAAGUGACCAGCGCUCUAUAUGGCAAGAGUAUCAAGUUUGCUAUGACCCACGAUCUGGAGGUGGAUCUGCCUGAGGUUAUGUUCAAUGGCGCCACAUUUCGCAUCUCGCCGCGGGCCAUCGAAGGCAACGGAAUCAUCGCCAAGCUAGAGCUGAUUCCCAAACAGGUAGUCAAGGCCCGACUCGCCGGGGCGAUAAUCCAGAAGAAGAUACAAAAAUUUCUACGCAGCAAACUGGUGCUGUCAUUCCUCGCAUUGCUGCUGAUCAUUAAAAUCAUCAAGAUCAAGUUGUUCUGGCUGCUGCCAAUCGUCAUCGGAGUUGGUGCCGCCAAGAAGCUGCUGCUAAAGUUCCUGCUCUUCCUGUUCCCAGCGCUGUCGCAUCUCUUCAAGCUCUGCUCGCACUACCAGCAAUCCUAUCACGCACCCGCCAAGUACCACCACCACCAUCACCUCAUCGAUCAUCAUCACACGGUUGUUCCGCCGUGGCACAGUGGUGAGCACCCCUCGGUUCCGGAAAUCAUUUAUACCCACCCGCCGAAGGGCCAUCCCUCCGCCUAUCUGCAUGGGGCUCCGGUGCAUGAGAGCUACGGACCCGGAUACGAGCACUUCGAGGGUGCCUGGGAGAACAGUGGACCUGGCCUGGGAUCCGACUCAAGGCCGGCACACACGCAGCACCAUCCGGUGUACGUUCCCGGACACGGACACCAUCCGCCGCAAAAUGCUCCCGGACUCACGGCAGCCGCACAAAUUGCCGCGCAGUACGAUCCAGCGCGCAACAAUCAACAUCCGCAGCAUCCGCAGCAAACGCCGCAGCAGGCAAAUCAAGCUGUUCAGGAGCCACAACUUUCGCCCGAAGUAGCAGCCCAGCUGAAGGAGGCUAUACGCAUUCAGGCCGAGCAGCGCCUCAUCCAGCAGCAGCAGAAGAUACUGGAGCACCAGCCAUUCGUGCAGGAUGGACAGCCGCUGUAUCCGCUCAACUACGAUCCGUUCUACAGCCCCAUUCUGUUGAAAAUCGACAAAAUCAUCGAGCAGCUGGGAGUGAAAAACGACCUCUGCAAGGAGCGCAUUGUGUGCAGCAUGUACAAGGAUCCAGCCACCUACAGUCCGCACAGCAAUUUCAUUUCCGCGGAACUGAGUCGCGAUACCAGCGAACUGGAGCCCGUAACGCAUGCGAAUGAGGCAGUGCGUCGCUUCUACCGACUAAUUCAGGCUGCCCGAGAUGGACAGGAUCAAAAGGACUGCCAGAGCCUGUACCCACAGUGCAAUAUGCAGGCCAAGUGAGCCGGAGGUCCCCAAUCUUCGAAAGAGAUAGAGAGACGUUAAACGAGAACGAGCAACUUUAAAGUCAACUUUUCCUUGUUAAAAAUCGAACUGUAAAUAGGAUAAAAGUUAGGAUAAGCCUAAUUUAUUUGUUAGACUCUUACUUUUUUAUUUAUUUAUUUAUUGUAGUCUAAUAGUAACGAACUAAAUGCCAAUUUGAGCUUUUUUGUCACGUUGCCGCUGCAUUAAUAUUCAUUCUGAUUUUGUUCAAUUUCACAUACAAAUUAUUCACUUCAAUCGGAUGCGGUCAGUACACUUUUUAAAUUUCCCACACACACGUGAAUGGCACGGCACACGAAUAAUUCACAGAUAAUUUACUAAAAAUACCAUAUAAUGAAAUCAGAAUGUUUAUUGAUUGCCGGCCAAACGAAUGCGGCUGCAAAUUCAAUUAGUCAAUACGCAAAAAUUGUUAUUAGAGGAGUUUUUAU